AUGUAUCACCUGGCCAAGUCGCUGUAUACUUACGCGACCAGUAAAGAAGAGUACUCCGUCCUUCUCCUCGGACUAGACAAUGCAGGCAAAACAACUCUCCUGACCCAAAUAAAAGCCCUCUACCAGCCCCGGCCAGAGGGUGUCCCCGCGCCCAACCCAGGCAAGACCGUCCCAACCGUCGGCCAGAAUGUCUCAACCAUCCCAUUAUCCGACAUGAACCUCAAGAUCUGGGACAUUGGCGGCCAGAUCUCCAUGCGCGGCCUUUGGCAAAGCUACUACACAAGCUGCCACGCCAUCGUCUUCGUCGUCGAUAGCGCCGACGUCGGCCAAGACCCAGAUAUCAACCGUCUCCCCUCCGCCCCAGGCCGUCGACCAAGCUCCAUCCCCGACCCCAGCGAAUCUUUCUCCGAACAAAACGUCGGCAUCAAUGCAGCUGCCAGCGAUUUCGGCCGUCUGAAUGAAUGCCGCCAGGUCCUCGAGUCUGUUUUGCAGAGUGCCGACGUGGCGGGCGUUCCGAUCCUAGUGCUGGCCAACAAGCAAGAUCGCGAGGACUGCGUCGAGGUGGUGCGCAUCAAGGAGGGAUUUGUGCGGAAAGUCUUCGAGGGCGAAACGGGUGGUGGCGUUCGAGACAGUCGCGUGCUGCCGGUCAGCGCGUUGAUGGGAUCGGGAGUACAGGCUGCUGUCGAGUGGGUACAGAGCCGUGUGAAGUGGAACAAGGAGAGUCGGCCGCCAGUGAUGCGAUAA